UGCCGACGGUGCAGAGCUGCUCUCCUCCGCCGAGGAGCAAAGCAGCCCAGCGCAGACGGAGGGGCCUCAUUAGAUGACAACAUUGCCUUGGUUGCACCCACCACCCACGUCUGGCAGGACAGAUUCCUUCCCAGACGUCUCACCCCGGGCCACGCUUCCCUGGGAAGCGGUUGCAGGGCGUUUGCUUCCAGCCGCUCCCUGGCGGCUUUUCCUGAUGGGAAUAGUUUGCUUGGAAAUGAGACUUGCGUCUCCCAACCUGGCCAGGUGGUCGUGGCUGGGAGAGUUAUCUCGGUCGGCAGCCCUUCCGCCGGGUCACAGCGACCACGUCUCUCAAGCUCCCAGCCAUGAAGAGAGACAUCUGUGUUUAGCCGUGGAGCUUAACAAAGGAGCAGCCGGUUUUAAAUACUUGGAAACAUUUCCCCGUGAGCCCAGAGCCAGGACGCUGGAAGACCUGAAAAAUGAGAUUGAGAAGAGGCAGGCGAAAAAUGCCACCCGACUCUCAGAGGAGAUUUCCCAGCUGGGCGCCCCGACGCAAGGGAGAGAAGAGAAGAGUCAGCAGUCGGAUGUGAAAGGCACCGUCAGCAGGUGUGGGAAAGUGACUUUCCAGCUGCCAGCGGACGUUUCUCCGGAGCCAGAAGAAAGAGUCUGUCACUUCUCAUGGAGGAGCAGUACCCUGAAGGAAACUCUGAAGAAGCUACAAGCCACCGUGACCUUGGACCCCGACACGGCUCACCCCGACCUCGUCCUCUCCGAGGACCUCAAGAGCGUGAGACGCGGGGAACGACGAGGGGACCUGCCCGAUAACCCCGAGCGAUUCGACUACUGGCCCUUCGUGCUGGCGUGCCAGGGCUUCACGGCCGGCCGGCAUUGCUGGGAGGUGGAGGUGGGGGACGGGGGGGACUGGGCGGUGGGGGUGGCCCGCGAGUCCAUCCGUCGGAAGGGGCACCUCAGCCUCUGCCCCCAAGGAGGGAUCUGGGGGGUGGAAAAGUGGGGGGGACAAAUCCGGGCGCUCACCAGCCGCAAGGUGACCCUCCUACCCCUCCGUUGGGUGCCCCGGAGGGUCAGCGUCCACCUGGACUACGCCGGAGGGACGGUGGCGUUUUUCGACGCCGAUGAGGGGGGGCUCAUGUUCAUUUUUUCUCGCGCCUCCUUCACCGGGGAGAGGGUCCGUCCGUGGCUCUGGGUGGUGGGGGCGAGGUCCCAGCUCAGGCUGUGUCCCUGAG